UCAGUUUCACCCAUCCAUUGAGCUGAAGUUUCCAGAAGGGCUUUCUUAGCCCUCACUUAGAGUAUGCUUCCCCACCCUAGAUCCCAAGGAUGGUAGGAUGGGAGGAAUCCAGAGCAUUCUUAAAGAGGUAGCUCAGGAUGGGAAGUUCUUUUAAUGACAAAGCAGUUGAAGUUUCAUUAUGUCGAGGAACUUUGAGGAAGUCACAAAAUCCAUGAUUUAAAAAUAUAUUUCCUAUUAUACACACACAUAUCUACUUUCUAGACUAAAAGCCAGAGCCAUGUAGGUCUGUUGUUUUACCUUCUCUAUGUUGUAGAAUUUAUGUCGAGGUAUGUCGAGAUGUUCGGCCAUCUUAAAGGCUUUUAUCAGAAAGGGGUCAACCUGAUGGCAGGUGUCUGUUUUAAAAGCAAAGUCAAGGUCUGAAAUCUUCGUGCUCUCAGCUGUUGGCCUGGUUUAAACCAGAUCUGGAUUUAUUUUUGUCCUUGGAGCUCUUCUUGAUGAAAACGUGACUUAUGGGAAACCUACUUUACUGGCUGGUUUGGUUUCACUUUCGAUUCAGUGAAAUAUAAAUGCAUGACUAGGACGAGCAACCUGCUAAAUUGAAAGCUUGAGCCCAAAGGGCAAGAAAGUCCAGCCUCUACCCAGCUGAAUUUCCUGGAGCUGCGGGUCUGCGGGUCUGCGGGUCAGAGGUGGGCGGGGGCCCCUCCCCUAGGCUCGGCAAGGUGAUUAGCGAGGCGACGCGCCACCCGCUGGCCUUCCAGUCCCUGGCGCAGCACCGCGCGUCGCCGGCAGCGAGUGUCCCCGCCUGCAGGGUUUCUUUACAUAAUACCACUUGGUCUGCCAAACACUCUGCAGCUUGGCAAGAUCAUUCCAGAAAGAUGAGGAUAUUUCACGUCUUUACAUUCACAACCUACUGGCAUUUACUGAACGCAUUUACGGUCACAGUUCCCAAGGACCUGUAUGUGGUGGAGUAUGGCAGCAAUGUGACCAUCGAAUGCAGAUUCCCAGUGGAAAAACAAUUAGACCUGAUGUCAUUAGUUGUCUACUGGGAAAUGGACAAUAAGAAUAUUAUUCAAUUUGUUCGUGGCGAGGAAGACCUGAAGGUUCAGGACAGUAGCUACCGUGGCAGGGCCCGGCUACUGAAGGACCAGUUCUUCCUGGGAAGUGCGGCGCUUGAGAUCACAGACGUGAAACUGCGGGACGCAGGGGUUUACCGCUGCAUGAUCAGCUACGGGGGUGCGGACUACAAGCGGAUUACUUUGAAAGUCAAUGCCCCGUAUCACAAAAUCAACCAAAGAAUUUCCAUGGACCCAGCCACCUCUGAACACGAACUAACAUGUCAGGCUGAGGGUUACCCCAAGGCUGAAGUCACCUGGACAAGCAGUGACCAUCGAGUCCUGAGUGGCAGGACCACAAUCACCAAUUCCAAGAGGGAGGAGCAGCUUUUCAAUGUGACCAGCACAUUGAGAGUCAACACAACAGCUAACGAGAUUUUCUUCUGCACUUUUCGGAGAUUAAAUCUCGAGGAAAACAAUACAGCUGAGUUGGUCAUCCCAGAACCACCUGCAGUACCUAUAGAUGAGAGGACUCACUUGAUGAUUCUGGUAGCUGUUGUGUUCUUCCUUGGUGUACCACUGACAGUCCUCUUCUGUUUAAGAAAACAAGUGAGAAUAAUGGAUGUGGAAAGAUGUGGCAUCCGAGAUGCAAACUCAAAGCAGCAAAAUGAUACACAAUAUGAGGAGACGUAAGCCAUCAUCGAAACUUCUGAUCUUCAAGCAGGGAUUCUCAGCCUGUGGUUUGGGAGUUCCUCGGGGCUGCACACAACCAGGGGAAGGAAUGGGCCCGUGGGAAGGUAGACGAUGUAGGACUGAAAAGGCUCAAACACUGGAAACGGGAACCUGGGGAAAGAAGAGAAGAACGAAGAAAGGUGGAGUAGAAAGGGGAGCCUGGAAAGAGACCUCGGUACCUCAAAAUGACUGAGAGACCCAUCGGCGCAUGGGCAAGGGAGAACAGGCACUUCUGAGUGAGGAGCCUCCAAGCAAAUCGUCCGUGGCUCACCCUGGGAAAACAAGCUGAGAAUCCCUGAUGUGGCAGUCAGUUCCUGCAGAAAUGCCCUUUGCUGCGCUCAAUUCCUCGAUGUGUCUUUUGUAUGACUGAGAGUCCCAGUGUUGCGACAGUAUUUAUUGUUUCUAUUUAUUUUGAGUCUAUGGAAUCUUCCUGUGUUGUGAGGGUGUUGGUGAAUGAUUUCCUUUGAAGAUAUAUUGUAGUGGCUGUUAACAUUUUGUUACCAAACUAGGCUUGUUGCUUAAUGACUUGCUUGUGUCCAGUAAAUUAUAAAGUAUUUAGAAGGUGCUUUGUACCCUCUGUAACCAUGAGUACAAAUAGGAAGCACAGAGAACAAACCAUUGGUUUGUAUAGGAUCUUACUUUAUUUAACCCCUUGGUACUUGACUUGAAUAGUCUAAUUCUCAGACCACAAGUGUCUGUUGCAGCAUCUAUUUCUUUUAAAUAUCAGCUUUACAAUUAUGUGGAAACCUAAACCCAUAACCUCAUUUCAUCCCUGUAACAACCCUGUUGUGAUAACCACUAUUUUUAUACUCGUUUUACAGCCCAGGAAGCAGAGAGAUUAAAAAACUUCCCUAAAUCAGUAAAGAGCAGACCUCAGAUUUCCAAACUGUCACCCAUUGUCCUUUUAGACUAUAAUUUACAGCAAUUUUACUUUAAGCAAUUAAUUUAUUCAAAAGCCAUUUAUUAAGUGCCCUUGCAAUAUCAAUCACUGUGCCAGGUGUUGAGUUUGCAGGUGUAAGCAAGACAAAGUACCUGCCCUCAAGGAGCUCGGAGUUUAACAAGGAGCUUGGUAAAAAAAAUUUAGUAUCACAAUUUAGUGUCCUGUCAUAGCAUAAGCAUCUCCUCCUCUUGGAGGAGAAUGAUGGUGUGAAAGAGAAAGUCUAGCAAUAUUGCCAUGAGGAGGAGUAGGCCGGUCAAUGUGUUCUGGGACAGUUAGAUACACUUAAACAUUUUAAUAAUCAAAACAAUUUUAGUUUACAAGAAGAAGACAAUAAUUUAAAGAAUUGUGGGAAAUAACUCUUGAAUUCCUGCUCUAGCAUUAUAUUGAUCCCUGAUUUAUUUGCCUUCACCAUGCAAUCUGAUGCUUGUGUGUAUAGUAUCUGGUAUUGUUUAACAGUUCUUUUUCCUCUAUUUAAGUGCUAUUGAAUUUUGAAUCCAUACCCUUCCAUGAUUCAAAAUUCAAACAAUCUCAAUAGGAGACAGUUAAAAAAAAAAAAAUCUUGGCCGGGCGCAGUGGCUCACGCCUGUAAUCCUAGCUCUUGGGAGGCCGA